AUGGUGAAAGGAUACGAUGAAUACACUCUUAAUGUUGAAGAGAAUGAUCAGCUCAAAUCUUUUCAUGAAUGGAGAGAAGAAAUGUCAGAGAAAUGUCCCCAGUUUUUGUAUUGGUCUGGAGUAUUGGAGUUGCAGCUCUGCGUUUUUCAGCUUGUGAGAGCGUUUAGAGAAGCCAACUUUACUCUGUACGUCAACGCCAUCAAGCAGACUUUACCAUGGAUGUUUACCAUGGAUGUUUGCAACGCCAGAUGGCUAUGUGUCCAUUAUCGAGAUAUGUGCGAGCUUGCAGUCCGACAUCCAGAGGUCUACACACAAUUCACGAGAGGUUGUUUUGUAGUUCAUAAGACGAGGAGGUCGUUUUCUUCCAUAGCGCUGGACCACGCACACGAGCAAGUGAAUCCAUGGUCAAAGGCGACGAAGGUGUUGUUGGACUCACGGAAAACCCUGCAGCCCUCAGAAGAUGGAUGGUCGCAGGACCAGAGGUAACAAAAAUGGUGGAGGAAUUUGAAUGUAACGUCUCUAAUUCUGAUUCACACAACCAUCAUGAGCAUCACCUGGCGUCCAGAGCGCGUUCGCCAAAGAUGUUUUGAAUGUGUUCUCUUCCUUUGAAGAAUUAGGAAAUCCAUUUAUGGAACAGGGCGAGGAGCUCAUAGCAAUCCACAAAAAGGACAUCAUGAGUAAUAAUGUUGUCGACACGGUGCGCAACGUGAAAAAGCUUGGAAAGGAGCAGUUCCGAACCUUCGUGAAAGAGCGGUUUACCGACCGGAGUACGCCAAUUACAGAGCCUCUGAAGAAAAAUAAACUGCCUACAUUCAGCACUCCAAACACUAAGGUCAUGUCCAAAACUAAAGCCAAAGUAGCGGUCUUGAAGGAGGACUGUGCUCUGUUUUCUAGGCUUUACAUAGCUUGUCAAAGCCGAGAUGGAAAUCUGCAGGAUUUUUUCAGGUUCGAAAAUCAGCCGUGGCCUACAUCACUCUCUCAAGUGGGCAAUCUCAGAGGGGGGCAAAAGGCAGAUCUGAUGAAAUGCUUGCACGACACUACAACACAGACCGUGGAACAACCAACCGUGGAUGCAGUCAUUCUUGACGGAGCCGUUAUUGUAAAGAUGUUAAAACCACGAAUGGCAGAAACAUUUGAGGAGUAUUUCAAUGCUGUGUUCGCCCCUUAUAUCCUGAGACAACUUGAUGCAGUGAAUAGAGUCGACCUAGUGUGGGAUGUGUAUCGAGAAGACACAUUGAAGAGAUCUGCUCGGGAAAAGAGAGGCAGUGGACAACGACGGAAAUUUCUUCCUAAAACGCGAAUCCCCUCAGACUGGAAAGGAUUUAUGCGUGUCAAUGACAACAAGGAUGAACUUUUCAAGCUACUUGCUAACAUGGUAAUAAUAAUAGUAAUGGUAAUAUAUUUAAAUACAACGAUACAUGUUAUGCAGAAGUGAAUGUUUAACCCUGUGACGCCAGUGUUUAAACUUUAGUAUUUUUACGCUAACAUCAGAUGAUGUUAUUCGUCAAACAGACGCUAGAGGAUUAACAAACACGAGUAAAACAUAUGGGGUACAACACAGUACAGAAUAAUUGAUUGAACAAUAUUUUAAUACCAUCAUCGUAUUAAUCAUUUUAGGUGGUGUCACUGACGAUCCCUGAUGGCAAGGAGAUCUACACCACACAUGGCGAACAUGUCCUGUCUUCUGCCAACCGAGUCGAAAUGAAUACGCUUGAACCCUGUUCCCAUGAAGAGGCAGACACUCGCUUAAUGGUACAUACCUUGGAUGCUACCUUGUGCGGUCAUCGUCGAAUACAUAUCAGAAGCAAUGAUACCGAUGUAGUUGUGUUAGCAAUUUCAGUAGCUAGCAGUAUUUCCGUUGAUGAGCUGUGGAUCGCAUACGGCACCGGAAAGCAUCUACGCAACAUUCCUGCACAUUCCAUAGCCGCGUCGCUAGGUCGAGAGAAAGCGUCAGCACUACUGAUGUUUCACUCCAUAACUGGAUGCGACACAGUGUCAUUUUUUGGUGGACGAGGAAAGAAGACCGCGUGGGAUGUAUGGAACGUUUUUCCCGAACUAACACCGGUACUCGAAGCGCUGGCAGCAUCACCUGAAGACAUCAACGAAGAGUGCAUGGCAAUAAUAGAGAUGUUUGUAGUUCUGCUCUACGAUCGAACAAGCAGCCUUAAAAGUGUAAACAAAGUGAGGCAAGAGUUAUUCUCAAAGAAGUCUAGAUAG